AUGAUCCCCGAGUGUCCGCGCGUGGGGAGCUCCAGGAGCCGGGGCUGCGUCCAGCCGAGCCGGGCCGGGCCGAGCCGGGCCAACGGCGGCCUGCUGUCCGACAUCCAGACCUCCAUCAGCCGCGAGCCCUUCACGGAGCACUACACCGUCAUCCCCGGCGGGGAGCUGGGCAGGGGGGCCCCCCCCCCCCCCCCCGCGGCUCUGGCUCUGCUCACUGGGUUUGAGGGGGGGUGUCCAGCUGUGGGGGCAUCUGCUGACCUCAUUCGUGAGGGUGACCAGUUGGAGCGGUUUGUCCUGUUGGAGGUCCCGUUUGCCUGCCCAGUGCUGGAGCCCCCCAGCUGGACACCCUGUACGGUCCUGACCCAGUCCGGGUCCGGGUCUGGGUUCUGCUCAGCUAGACACGGCAGACGAGCAGAAACCGGACCCAAACCCAGACCCGGACAGGCCUGGACUGGGCCGGCCCUGGACACUGCAGCUGAGCAGAACCCAGACCCGGACCCAAACCCAGACCUGGUCCGGUCCAGACCUGGACCGACCUGGGUUCGGCUCAGCUGGACACAGCAGCUGAACAGAACCCAGACCCAAACCCAGACCCAGACCCAAACCCAGACCCAGACCCAAACACAGACCCGGGACGGCCCUGGACCAGACCGGUCCGGGGAAAUGCAGCCGAGCAGAUCCCAGACCCGGUCCAGCCCGGUCCGGGUUCUGUUGGGACCCCUCAGAGGUGCCCGGAGCUGUCAUGUGGUCAGCUCAGGUCCAGCAGGCCGGCCCCCCUCAGACCGGACCACAGGACAGACUCUGGUCCUCCUCAGACCGGACCACCGGACCCAGCCUGGUGACCGAUGA